GCAGCUGUGAAGGAACUUGGACGACUGAAACGAAUGGCACAACAUAUGCCAGAUUACUCGAUGACACGUAAUUACCUUGACUUAAUAGUAGAGCUUCCUUGGUCCAUUACUGUAAAAGAGACCUGCAACAUACGCAAAGCACGAGAAGACUUGGAUGCAGAUCAUUAUGGCUUACAAAAGGUGAAGCGUAGAGUGUUAGAAUAUCUAGCAGUGAGACAACUUCGUGGAGAUCUGAAGGGGCCAAUUUUGUGUUUUGUUGGUCCCCCUGGAGUUGGCAAAACCAGCAUUGCAAAGUCCAUUGCAACUACUCUAGGUCGUCCAUAUUGCCGAAUGUCAUUAGGUGGAGUAAGUGACCAACAUGAUAUAAGAGGCCAUCGUCGAACUUACAUUGGUGCUAUGCCAGGCAGGGUUAUCCAGGCCUUGAGAAAUGUUAAAGUUAAAAAUCCAGUGAUGUUGUUGGAUGAAAUAGACAAGUUGGGUACAGGUAUCCAUGGUGACCCUGGAGCUGCCUUACUUGAGGUGUUGGAUCCUGAACAAAAUUCUACCUUCACAGAUACUUAUCUCAAUCUGCCAUUUGAUUUAUCACAGGUGCUCUUUGUUGCUACUGCUAAUUCCCUUUCUACAAUUGCAACACCUUUACUUGAUCGUAUGGAGGUCAUUCAUGUUCCAGGUUAUACACAGGAAGAGAAAGUGAUGAUUGGACAGUUGCAUCUCCUCCCCAAACAGUUGCAAGAGCAUGGUCUCUCCUCAGACAUACUUGAUAUGUCAAAGGAAUCUAUUGCUACAAUCAUUGGAGAGUACACCAGAGAGGCUGGUGUGAGGACACUGGAACGCAAGAUUGGAGCAGUGUGCCGAGCUAUUGCUGUCCAGGUGGCAGAGAAAAGACGUGAUCAUGAAGAUGAAGCUAAAACCUCAGAAGAAAUGAUAACAGAAGCUGAAGAUCGUGAUCGUAGAACAGAACAGCACGCUGAUGAAACUCGUGAAAUAGAACUUCGCCAGGAAGUUGGAGAAGUGCCUCAGCAAUCUGGGAUAAAUCUUUCUAAGCUGCGAGAACACAUGGAUCUACCAGUCAUUGUAGACCCAAAGUUGAUUUAUGACAUUUUAGGGCCACCUAUCUUCCAAAGUGGAUUAGCAGGACGAGUUAGUGUUCCUGGAGUAGCAGUGGGUUUGGCCUGGACACCUGUUGGUGGCGAAGUAAUGGUGGUGGAGGCAUCACGUACUGUAGGAGAUUCUGGUCUCACCCUCACAGGUCAGCUUGGCUCUGUCAUGCAGGAAUCAGCCAAGAUUGCCAUGUCCUGGGUCAGGCAGCAUGCGUUUCUGUUACAGCUAGACAAGGACUUCAUGAAGGAUGAGGAGAUUCACAUGCACUUUCCAGCAGGAGCUAUCAAUAAAGAUGGGCCCUCUGCAGGAGUUACCAUACUUACUGUAUUAGUAUCGCUGCUUUCCAACCGAUGUGUUCGUUCUGAUGUGGCGAUGACUGGGGAAAUUACUCUUAAUGGAGUUGUAUUGCCAGUUGGUGGAAUCAAGGAGAAGCUAUUGGCAGCUCACCGAGCAGGGCUUACCACUGUUGUUAUUCCAGCAGCAAAUAAAAAGGACCUUGAAGAUAUUCCAAAUUCAGUUUUAAAUGAAAUUGAAGUGGUGCUGGUGAACACAGUGGAGGAGGUCCUUCAGGCAGCCUUUGAUGAUUUCACAGACAUCCUUGGUGAGAACGAUGAUGGAGUCCCAGCAAAACCUCUGCCUAGUAAACUCUAGAGAAUUUACACUAGUACUUCAUCUGGAUCAUGUUCUUGAGAGUGACUUCAAAAUAUUUUUAAUUACAGUAUUGUACUGGAUUUAUUUUAUUUCAGUUAUCACAAAUUAUAUUUAAAUGUACAUUGUAUGUAAUUUGUACAUCUGAAAAAAUAUCAGUAAAAAGUGACAGCAUAACCAAGUUCUAUUAUGUUUUUUACACACAUCUGUGGAGCAACUAAUUCUUUCAUUGAUGUGAAUAAAUUCAUAAAAGCAAUUAAAUACGUAUUUAAUAGCUUCUUCCAGUCACGUUUUAUUGUAAUUUCUUCUCGUGUAUAUAUUUUUUGUAUUGCUCAGUGAAAUCAUACAUAAAUUUAUCCUGUAGAAGUAGUUAUACUGGUAACAAUAGAUUACAGUAUAUUAUAUUCACGUGGAAGUGCCAAACCUAUAGGGAUCAUGCAACACCUGGGAAAUAGGCAGAAGCCAGAUUUAAAUUGAUCAUUGGAUCAAGAACUCUUGAAUAGAGAUCAUAAAUGUUAUUAAAAAGGGAAAGAUUCACAUUAAAUUCACUCAGUAUUUGACCUGGGAUUUCAGUUUCAGGCAUUAAUACAGUGGAACCUCUGAUUACGAGUGCCCCACCAUGCAAGUUUUUCAGGAUACGAGCCGUCACUGUCAAUUUUUUGCUCCUGGAUAUGAGCCAAAAUUCAGGUUGCGAGCUUCCCCCUCAAGGGAGGUUCCUUGAUGCCGGUGAGGUGUUCUUGAUCUAGGGAAUUGGAUCUGUGCUCCAGUUCCCUUAAUUAAUAAUACAGUGGACCCUCGGUUUUCGUGAUUAAUCUGUUCCAGAGUGUCUGAUGAAACCCGAAAAUCACGAAAACUGAAAUAAUUUUCCCCAUAAGAAAUAAUGUAAAUCCAAUUAAUCCAUUUCAGACACCCAAAAAUAUUAAAAAAAAAAAAAAAAAAAAUACAUUUUAGAUAAUAACUAUAGUUUUACAUACAGAAAACGAGAAUUAUUAUUAUAAUCAAAAAGAAGCGCUAAGCCACAAGGGCUAUACGGCGCUGCAGGGUAGGGAAGGAAGCGAGGGUAUUGGAUGGCAGAAGGGAGGAGGGAUGAUCAGUAGGUUACAGAAAACAGCGGGGCUGGGGAUAGUACGGGGGGUAGCAAGAGAUUGAAGUAGAAAGGUGGGUCCAUCAGCGAGAAGGGAAGGUAAAGAGAGAGCAGCAGAGCGAAGACGACGACGGAGGUAAAUUCUGCGUGCUCGUUGAUAAAGUGGGCAGUCCAACAAUGUGGCUGACUGAUAAUGGAACUUGGCAAUUCUCACAGAGAGGAGCAGGGCGCCUCUCCAUGAGAUAUCCAUGAGUAAGACGAGUAUGGCCAAUGCGAAGACAGGAGAGAGUAGUCUCCCAACCUCGACACUGGUGAUAAGAAGACGGCCAGUAACCUAUACUCGGUUUAAUAGAUUGAAGUUUGUUGCCGAGCAUAGUAGACCAACGUUGUUGCCAACGGGUGUGAAGUUGGGAAGAUAUUGCAGCAAAAUAGUCCGUAAAUGAGAAAACGAGAAAUAGUGCUAAUGAAAUGGUUAAAUGAACAUUUAAAUCACUUUUACCUUUAUUGAAGAGUCUUGUUGGCACAUGGAGGGAGCAGAGAGUAUUGUUUGGAGACAGGACAAAAUGCUUAAAUAUGAUGCUAAGCAGGGGUUCCACUGUAUCAGUAAGAAUUUAAAGUGCUUAAUGACAGAUUCCCUAUUCUUGAUCCAAGGCACUGGGCCUAUCUACUCCUUGGAUCAAAUUCAGAUGCUGUACGACCCCUACAGAUUUAGCACCUCCCAUAACAAAAUGAACUGCUAUAUUUGAGACACAUGCUUUCAAUGGUAAAUGAUUGUAUUCAUAAAACAUGAGGAAUGGGGUACUGCUGAAGGGCUCUUUAUCAAAAGAAAUGGAGCUUCCUUGUACCAAACUUGAUUACUUCCCAUUCCCAGAUGCUCCGAGUUUAGCACUUCCCUGCAAUUAUAAUGAUUUUGGUGGUUUAAUAAGAGAGUACAUGGUGUUUC